CACAAUUGGCAAAAGCAGAGAGCGGGAGAGAAAACUCCCGAGAAGAACUGGACAAAGAGGCUCUUGCCAAGUGGACCUCUUGCCUUGUGCUCAAUGAUGGAAGAAGCCGUGGUGAAGAAGGGCUUCCUCUACAUGUACCAGCAGCAGACCUUUGGGAAGAAAUGGCGGAAGUUCUGGGGCGUCUUGUACCGGGGGAGCAGCUGUGCUUCGUCCCGCCUGGAGCUCCUCGGAUGCACACUGCCUCCAUCUGCAGGGAAAACCAAGAAGAAGGAGACCAGCAGCCGGCGCCUGAUCCACCUGAGAGACUGUGUCUAUGUGGCCGAGACAACCAAAGAUGACGGCUGCCUUAAGGAGACCACCCCCUUCCUCCUGGAGACCACCGAGAAGUGCUAUCUUCUGGCAGCUGAGAGCACUGAGGCAGCAGCCUGGAUCCUGGCACUAUGUGAACAUGCCUUUAAGAGGAAUAGCGAGUUGGAGAAGGACGGACUGGAAGGCAAGCCUCCCUCUUCCCCUUCCCCUUCUUCCCUUUCCAUGGUGGAGAAUCCUCUGUACAGCCCAACCUGCAAAGGAGAGAGGAAGACCUUUCCCGUGACAGUCAGGGCUACGCCAGCCUCUGAAAGCAUUCAGCUGUGGGGCAGGUUCCUUCUCUCUGCUCAAGCAGAGGCCCUGGACCUGUGUGGCAUCCAGGGGGGCAGCGUCCUCCAAACCUGGCCUUACAGGUUCCUGCGCAGAUUUGGCCAUGAUAAGACCAUCUUCUCCUUUGAGGCUGGACGGAGGUGCUCUUCUGGCGAGGGAAACUUUGAGUUUGUCACUCCACAGGGCAAGGAGAUUGUCCAGCUCAUUGAAGGUGCCAUCGAAAAGCAAAAGAGUUCCAUGUUGAAUGACCCAACUUGGGAGGCCUCUGCUGGGCCGCCCAGAAGCGUCACCCUUUCUUCCAGGGCCUUCAACCUGCCCAGUUCUGAAGGAGGAAACAGGAAGACUGGAGUCGUAGCACAGGACAAAGGGGCACCACUGACCUCUCAAGUCACUGGCAUCAGCAUGAUCCGUACCUUGGAGUCCAUCUUGAAAGGGAAGCCAGGAAAGGGCAGCCCGGUCUCACCUGUUGGCGGUUGUCUUCUGCCCACCUGCUCCAAAAAGGUCCCACCCAGACCUGGUUCAUGCUCCAAGCAGGAUCCCCAGAGUGGAUCAAGUGCAUUGGAAGGGCCAGAAAAGAUGACAGCAGAUGACUCAGAGGAGCCUUUUGAUGCCACUUCUCAGCCACCGGGAAACAGUAGCGCCAGUCGGACCCUGCAGGCACCCAGGCCCUCUCUUUUGCUUGGCAGGAUGCAGAGGCUAGGUUUGGCUCCUGCCAGCCUUGCAUCAGAGCAGGUAUACGAUGACCCAGAGGUCCCACCCCCCGUGGUUUACGACGAGCCCCAGGAGAUCACAGGAGAGGCCUGGAAGCUGCGGGCCACCGCUGAGGAUCCCGUGGGCCAUGAAUACCCCUACAGUCCGGGCCUGGAUGACUAUGCUGUGCCCAGGUUGCCCGGGCAAGGCAUGCAAGGGAUUGCCCAAGCGGCGUGUGAGCACAGGCUCCUGUGGUUCAAGGCUGGAAAGAACACAAUGUGAGGAAGGAGGAGGUGUCAUGAAUAACUUUUCAAUAACUUUAAAAAUAGGUUCUUUUUGUCG